UUGGAGGACUGUGCUGGACCACGGGACUCCACUCGGCGACUCCUGUUCUGUCUGCCAGGAGACGCGAGGCCGCAGCAGAGCAGGAGAAGACUUAAGUAAGAAGAGGCGGCGACGUCUCCGCCCUUCUCUCCCUCCUCCCGCCCCGCCGCCGCCGCCGCCCAACCGCCCGAAGUCAGUCAGCUCAUCGGCUUCAGGGUGUCAUCGGGAGAGAGUGAGUAUGAGUGGCCCGAGGCAAGGCUCAUCGCAGCCGCAGUUCAUGACUAGUGUCGGGCAGAACAACAAUCUCUCGAAUGGACCGGGGACUCCUCUCAUUGACAGCAUAGAUGUUGAUCAGAUUGUCAUCCCCGAGAAAAAUAGCUGGAAGAACUUAUUUUCAUACAUAGGGCCCGGCUUUCUCGUCUCUAUCGCGUAUAUCGAUCCUGGCAAUUUUGAGACCGACCUACAGGCUGGAGCACAAUACAAAUAUGAGCUUCUUUGGAUCAUACUUAUCGCGUCAUGUGCUGCACUUGUAAUUCAAUCACUUGCAGCCAGCCUUGGGGUUGUGACUGGGAAGCAUCUUGCUGAGCACUGCAGGGAUGAAUAUCCCAAGGUCACAAAUUUCAUCUUAUGGAUUCUUGCAGAACUGGCUGUAGUUGCGUGCGACAUUCCUGAAGUAAUUGGAACCGCUUUUGCUUUGAACAUGCUCUUCAAAAUUCCGAUAUGGUGUGGUGUUCUCAUAACUGGGCUCAGCACUCUGAUGCUCCUGUUCCUGCAACAAUAUGGGGUCCGUAAACUGGAAUUUCUGAUAGCAUUUUUGGUAUUCUUGAUAGCAACUUGCUUCUUAGUUGAACUUGGGUAUUCUAAACCAAAUUCUUCAGAAGUUGUGCGAGGCCUUUUUGUUCCUGAAAUUAAAGGAGAUGGAGCUACAGGUCUUGCUAUCUCACUACUUGGUGCUAUGGUGAUGCCGCACAAUCUUUUUCUCCACUCAGCAUUGGUACUGUCAAGAAAAGUACCACGAUCAGUUCAUGGGAUCAAAGAGGCCUGUAGAUUCUAUAUGAUUGAAAGUGCAUUUGCCCUCACAGUAGCAUUUCUGAUCAACAUCUCUAUCAUAUCUGUUAGUGGUGCAGUUUGCAGUGCAGAUAAUUUGAACCCUGAAGACCGGAUGAAUUGCAAUGAUCUAGAUCUUAACAAAGCUUCAUUCUUGUUAAAGAAUGUCCUCGGAAAUUGGAGCUCAAAGGUGUUCGCUAUUGCCUUAUUGGCAUCUGGCCAGAGUUCUACGAUUACAGGAACUUAUGCAGGACAAUAUGUCAUGCAGGGGUUUCUGGAUCUUCGGAUGACGCCCUGGUUACGGAACCUUCUAACUAGGUCCCUGGCAAUUGUGCCUAGUCUGAUUGUGUCACUAAUUGGCGGUUCCUCAGCAGCUGGGAAGUUGAUUAUCAUUGCUUCGAUGAUUCUGUCAUUUGAACUUCCUUUUGCUCUAGUACCACUCCUUAAAUUCACCAGCAGCAAAACAAAGAUGGGGCCACACACAAAUUCAAGAUUCAUCUCCGUGCUCACAUGGGCGAUCGGCUCCUUCAUCAUGGUCAUCAACAUCUACUUCCUGAUAACGAGCUUCGUCAGGCUGCUUCUUCACAGUGGACUAUCCACCGUCUCCCAAGUGUUCUCCGGUAUAUUUGGGUUCCUCGGCAUGCUGAUAUACAUCGCCGCGAUCCUCUACCUCGUCUUCAGGAAGAACAGGAAGUGUACCUUGCCAUUGCUCGAGAGUGACGCGAAGCUUGGGGACGCAGGCCACACCGAGGGAGAAGGUUCUCUGGGUCAUCUUCCGCGAGAGGAUAUCUCCAGCAUGCAGCUUCCUCAUCAGCGCCCUGCGUCUGAUUUGGACUAGCCGAAGUAGCCGCAGUGAGGAAACUAGAUAUGUUUCUGAUCAUGGUGAUGAUGCAGUAGCUGCAUAAGUGAAGAGUUAGGUGUCAUCCGGUAUUGAUGUAGACAAUCGAAGUGAUUUUAUAGUGGCCGAAGUAAAAUCGUUCUUACGGAAAUGGAUAGUUGGUAUAGUUGCUAAUAAUUUUCGAUGGUACUAUCGAUUGUAGACAAGUGGGUCUCUAUUAUCUAGAAAGAAAAAAGAAAGAACGAAUUUCAUCUU